AUGACAUGGGUGGAGCGGCUUGCCGAGUACGAUUUCGAGAACGAUCAUCGUGCUGGAUUGAGCCAUCGCAUCACCGACACCUUGUGCUGGAGGCCAUGCCCACCAGAGUGCUCUUACCGCAGUAAGCUCGAGGAGACGACCUUAGUAAAUGAUUCCUCGUUGGCUUAUAAUAACCAAGAAGACCAUGAGCGCGACCCUGAUAUCAAACGGCUGAAGCAGUGGAAGGAAGAUGACCCCGUCCCACUGGGCCCAGUGGACCUCUCAGGUGCUAGAAGAUGA